GGAACGGAGCUUCCUUACCCGCACCGCGGAGGAGCCGGGGCGGGGCGAGGCGGAGCUCUCCACCAGCCCUACCCCGGUCCCGCUACUGCGCAUGGCACGUUGCGUACCUCCUCCUACCCCCAGCAACCCGCCUGGCGGCGCGGCCCUAAACUAAGGAGGCGGAGCUGAGACGGGGUCGGGACUGCUUGCUAACUCCAGGACCAGGUUUAAAUUUUUGAAAUUGAAGUAGGUCUACACAUUAGGAACUCAUGUCUUUUCUUGUAAGUAAACCAGAGCGAAUUAGGCGGUGGGUCUCGGAAAAGUUCAUUGUUGAGGGCUUAAGAGAUUUGGAGCUAUUUGGAGAGCAGCCUCCGGGUGGCACUCGGAGAAAAACCAAUGAGGCGAGCUCAGAGUCGAUAGCAUCCCUCUCUAAACAGGAGAUCAUGAGUAGCUUCCUGCCAGAGGGAGGGCGCUAUGAGCUACUCACCGUCAUAGGAAAAGGAUUUGAGGACCUGAUGACUGUGAAUCUAGCGAGGUACAAACCAACGGGAGAGUAUGUGACGGUACGAAGGAUUAACCUGGAAGCUUGUUCCAAUGAGAUGGUGACGUUCUUGCAGGGAGAGCUUCAUGUCUCUAAACUCUUCAGCCAUCCCAACAUCCUGCCAUAUCGAGCCACCUUUAUUGCUGACAAUGAGCUGUGGGUUGUCACAUCAUUCAUGGCAUAUGGUUCUGCAAAGGAUCUCAUCUGCACGCACUUCAUGGAUGGCAUGAAUGAACUGGCGAUUGCUUACAUCCUGCAGGGGGUGCUCAAGGCCCUGGACUACAUCCACCACAUGGGAUAUGUACACAGGAGUGUCAAAGCCAGCCACAUUCUGAUCUCCUCCGAUGGGAAGGUCUACCUGUCCGGUUUACGUAGCAACCUCAGCAUGAUCAGCCAUGGGCAGCGGCAGCGUGUGGUCCACGACUUUCCUAAGUAUAGUGUCAAAGUUCUGCCUUGGCUCAGCCCGGAGGUCCUCCAACAGAAUCUUCAGGGUUACGAUGCCAAGUCUGACAUCUACAGUGUGGGAAUCACAGCGUGUGAGCUGGCCAAUGGCCAUGUCCCCUUUAAGGAUAUGCCUGCCACCCAGUGGCUCUGUCCUCCCCAGAUGCUGCUGGAGAAGCUGAACGGCACAGUGCCCUGCUUGCUGGACACCAGCACCAUCCCCGCUGAGGAGCUGACCAUGAGCACUUCACGCUCAGCAGCCAACUCUGGCCUCAGUGAGAGCCUGGCCACCAGCACCCCCAGGACCUCCAAUGGUGACUCGCCAUCCCACCCCUAUCACCGCACCUUUUCCCCUCACUUCCACCACUUUGUGGAGCAGUGCCUUCAGCGCAACCCAGAUGUAAGACCAAGUGCCAGCACCCUCCUGAACCAUUCUUUCUUCAAGCAGAUCAAGCGACGUGCCUCAGAGGCUUUGCCUGAGUUACUUCGCCCUGUUACCCCCAUCACCAAUUUCGACGGCAGCCAGCCUCAGGAUCACAGUGGAAUCUUUGGCCUGGUAACAAACCUGGAAGAGCUAGAGGUGGAUGACUGGGAGUUCUGAGCCCCUGAAGGAUGUGUACAUCCUCCAUCCCGGGACACGUGAGCCCCGGGGGCCCCUCCUGAGGGCUGGCCACAUUCCCACCCUCCGGGGUGCAGACUGGGUAGAAAGGACAUUUCUGCCAGGAGAGUUGGCCACUUACUCACUGGGAGAGAAAUUCCUGGAGAGAAAUCUUCUUUACCGCUCCAGGACUUCUGAGACACAGGGGAAUCCCAGCAACCAGUGAGCAGAGGCCAGGAAGCUGACAUUCCGUCCUGGGAGCACAGGCGACCUCUUCAGAAGGAAGAGAUGCUGUUCUGGCCCCGGAGGGCUGAAGGCCAAGCCCAGGGUUUGACUCUUCAACCCAGGGGACUGUGUGACUUCCUUUUCUCACUCUUGCUGUCCUGCCAGGCUGUUCCAUUCUCUUCUUCUGCUCUCAGAUCCUAUAGGUCCAUGGAGGGGCAAGCAAUAAGCAACCUGCCCUCCACCCUAGUCUCCAGACCUCGCCCUAAAAAUUGAAGGGAAGCACCAGGUUAAGGCUGGGCAGCCCCUCCUUAUCCCUCUCAUUGCUUGGGCCACAGCACCUAAAACCUCCCAUAGCUCCUCUGUGUGGUUCAUCCCUUUCCCACCAAGAGUCCAUCUUACUGCCUCCGGCCUGCCGCCUUAAGGUUUUCUCCAAGGCCACAAUGUCUUGCCUAGCCUGAGGACUUAAGUCCUUAUGCUGCUUUAGUUUCAUCACCAGAACAAAUUAAAAUUUUUGGAGAAUCCACUGGAGAGUGGCAUCGCUGUGUGCUGGCCAUACAGGCUCAGACAGGAGUCACCCAGCCUCAUGUUCUGCCGUCCCAGAGUGGUCCCACGAGUGCAUGCGGAAGCAUGGCCGUGACCACUUUCAUUAGAGAGCCCAACAACACAUGUAAUAGAUUUGUUUCCUCACCAUCCAAAAAUGUGAGACUAUUCAUUUUAGCCCGUGGCCAUCAAUCAAACCACUUUGGGGCUGGAAACGUCUAGGUGCUUAAGACUAGCCCUUCCGCAGGACCACUUCUGGGCCACUAGGAGUCCAGGCAUAAGAGGCUCAUCUUUGGCAGGAAAGGAGGUGAAGGGUUUUGUUCUGUAACAUGACUUGCAGUGUCUCCUUACCCCUGCAACUAAUACCCAAAGAGCAAGUAACCCAAGAACCAGAACUGUCCCCUCUGUCAUCCUGGCUGGCGGCCAGCGAGGCUGGGCAAGGUGGUGAUUCUGACCUGGGUCUCCAUGGUGCUUCCCAGCCUACAUGGGCACCAGCCUGGCACCUUCACCCCUGCGGUUCCCUCAGGGGCAAGGUGCCCUUCUCUCGCUCAGGCACUAAAAAUGUCAGAUUGAGGAAGUGCCCCUCCCUCUUCCCUGAAGCUGCUUUGAACCCUCAAAUGCUCUCAAUUUCCCUUCCCUCAGAAAAUUUAACAUCACCUUAAAAACGAAAAGUAAAAACCCUCUUCCUUUGGGCAGUUACAAGGGUUAAGGUGAAGAGAAUGGACACGCACUACAAGGCGGAGUAGGGAGGCCAGGUCACCUUUGUUUCCAACUCUCCUCCUUACCCCUGCCCAGCUCAUCAUUUCUUUAAACCUCAAGUUCCCUUUUCUCAA